UAGCAACAGAGAACAGAGCAAGAAAACCAUGAGCCACUCUUCAAUGCAUACCUCUACUUCCUACAGGCGCACCUUUGGAAGCCCUCACCCCAUCUCCAUGUCUUCUUACUCCCCUGUGUCCUCCCGCAUGCCCAUGUCUUCAGGGCGCUACAUGCGUUCAUCGUCACCUGUAGUAGCAUCUCGUUCCAACGCCUACCACCAACAGCGCUCCAGGUCCAGCGCCCAGCCUCCUCGCAUCGCUUACGACAAGGUGGACUUCACCCUGGCUGAAGCCAUCAACCAGGAGUUCCUUACCACUCGCAGCAACGAGAAGGCUGAGCUGCAGGAGCUCAACGACCGAUUUGCAAGUUUCAUCGAGAAGGUGCGCUACCUGGAGCAGCAGAAUGGUGCACUGCAGCAGGAGCUCAACCAGUACAAAGGUCAGCAGCAGCAUGGGCAGCCCAACCGGGCUUCUGACCUCUUCCAGGAGGAGCUGAGGGAGCUUCGGCGCCAGAUGGAUGCCAUCGGCAAGGAGCGAGACCAGUACCAACUGGAGAGGGACAACCUGGCAGAGGACAUGGCCCUCCUCAAGCAAAGGUUGGAUGAUGAAACUCAGAAGAGGGCGGAUGCCGAGAAUAACUUGGUUGCCUUCCGCAAGGAUGUGGAUGAUGCUACAUUGUCCCGUCUGGAGCUGGAGAGGAAGAUUGAGUCCCUGAUGGAUGAGAUUGAGUUCCUGAAGAAGCUUCAUGAUGAAGAAAUCCAGGAUGUACAAGUGAGUGUGCAGACCCAGCAGCUGAAGAUGGAGGUGGAGAGCUCCACCAGACCUGAUCUGACUGGAGCUCUAAGGGACAUCAGGGCCCAGUAUGAGACCAUCGCCUUAAAGAACAUGCAAGAAUCUGAGGACUGGUACAAGUCCAAGUUUGCCGAUUUAACUGAGUCUGCAAAGCGUAACAACGAUGCCAUGAGGCAGGCCAAGCAGGAGGCCAAUGAGUCCAGGAGGCAGAUUCAGUCUCUGAACUGUGAAAUUGACGCAUUGAAGAACACGAAUGAGGCUCUGCUGAGGCAGAUGCGUGAGAUGGAGGACCAGUUUAGCAACGAGAUUGCCAACUACCAAGACAAUGUAACUCGACUGGAGGAUGAAAUCCGCCACCUGAAGGAGGAGAUGGCUCGCCACCUCCGGGAGUAUCAAGACCUCCUCAAUGUCAAAAUGGCUCUGGACAUUGAGAUCGCCACUUACCGUAAACUGCUGGAGGGGGAAGAGAGCAGGAUUACUGUUCCCAUCCUCAAUAUUGGCAUGACCAACCAUGUUGGUGAUCGAGACUAUGAGCAGACUCCAGGAACCAAGAGGACUGUGGUGAUAAAGACAGUUGAGACUAAAGAUGGAGAGGUGGUGAAGGAGUCCAGGACAGAGAAGGAGAGGGACGCAGGCCGUCAUGACAAGGAUGAUGACGAGUAAACAAACACCCAUCAAAUAAUGUGAAGGCCAGUGCCAUGGUAGAAUAUCUAAAAAAUAGGAAAAAAAGAAAAAAAAAACCCCUGAGCUAUGUAGUUCUGAUUCCUACUAGUUUCGUGCUCAUUGUCUAGCAAAGAGUUUUUCUGUAUAGGUGCAAUGUUGAAUGUUGAAUGAAUCCCUUUAGACAGUGUCACUGGUGCUAUUCAAGCCACCUAAAUUUUGCUAAACACUUAUGUUACCUGUGGGGCUACGCAAAACCACUUUAAUGUACCACUUGAGGCCUUGUUUUACAGUGCAAUCCCGUGGAAUCCUUAGAUGACCACACAUUUGUAGCAAUGUCACUUAUAAGCAGGAUUUAAGUGAUUUGUCUGGUAGAUAUGACUUACUAACAAAGCGUGACACACUGCCCUUUGGUCAACACACCUUUAAUGACAGAUCCGUAGAUUAACAUCCUUGCAUUUGUUUUUGACGCUUUGCUAUCCGCAAACAAAUUACCAAAGACAGGACUCAUAAAUAAGACAUGUAACACACAGAAAAUAACAGUCACCAGUGGAAGAGUUUUGCUGAAUGUGCUUUGCAAUGCUGUGUGUAUCUGGCACGAUUGAUGAAUGAUUAUGUAAGUGCAAAUAAAAUUAGCUGAAACAAAA